UACCGCCUUCACUCACCGAAUCCUCGACGUCGGAACAGAAGGACAUUAAUCGCAAAAAUGCGCGAGUGUAUCUCCAUGCACGUCGGCCAGGCCGGUACCCAGAUGGGCAAUGCCUGCUGGGAGCUGUACUGCCUGGAGCACGGCAUCCAGCCCGACGGACAGAUGCCCUCCGACAAGACCAUCGGAGGGGGGGAUGACUCCUUCAACACCUUCUUCAGCGAGACGGGGGCGGGGAAGCACGUCCCCCGGGCGGUGUUCGUGGACCUGGAGCCCACCGUCAUCGACGAGGUUCGUACCGGAACCUACCGCCAGCUGUUCCACCCUGAGCAGUUGAUCACAGGGAAGGAAGACGCGGCCAAUAACUACGCCCGCGGUCACUACACCAUCGGCAAGGAGAUCAUCGACCUCGUGCUGGACAGAACUCGCAAGCUGGCGGAUCAGUGCACAGGUCUCCAGGGCUUCCUCAUCUUCCAUUCCUUCGGUGGAGGAACGGGCUCCGGCUUCACCUCUCUGCUGAUGGAGCGUCUCUCCGUUGACUACGGGAAGAAGUCCAAGCUGGAGUUCGCCGUCUACCCCGCGCCCCAGGUUUCAACCGCCGUGGUGGAGCCCUACAACUCCAUCCUGACCACCCACACCACCCUGGAGCACUCGGACUGCGCCUUCAUGGUCGACAAUGAGGCCAUCUACGACAUCUGCCGCAGGAACCUGGACAUCGAGCGCCCUACCUACACCAACCUCAACAGGCUGAUCGGUCAGAUCGUCUCCUCAAUCACCGCCUCCCUGCGCUUCGACGGUGCCUUGAACGUCGACCUGACAGAGUUCCAGACCAACUUGGUGCCCUACCCCCGUAUCCACUUCCCCCUGGCCACCUACGCCCCCGUCAUCUCCGCCGAGAAGGCCUACCACGAGCAGCUGUCGGUGGCCGACAUCACAAACGCCUGCUUCGAGCCGGCCAACCAGAUGGUGAAGUGCGACCCUCGCCACGGCAAGUACAUGGCGUGCUGCCUGCUGUACCGCGGAGACGUGGUGCCCAAAGACGUCAACUCCGCCAUCGCCACCAUCAAGACCAAGCGCACCAUCCAGUUCGUGGACUGGUGCCCCACCGGCUUCAAGGUGGGAAUCAACUACCAGCCCCCCACCGUGGUGCCGGGAGGAGAUCUGGCCAAGGUGCAGAGGGCCGUGUGCAUGCUGAGCAACACCACCGCCAUCGCCGAGGCCUGGGCGCGCCUGGACCACAAGUUUGACCUGAUGUACGCUAAGAGGGCCUUUGUCCACUGGUACGUCGGGGAGGGCAUGGAGGAGGGAGAGUUCUCCGAGGCCAGGGAGGACAUGGCCGCCCUGGAGAAGGAUUACGAAGAGGUGGGCACUGACAGCGUCAACGAGGAGGACGAGGGUGAAGAGUACUAGGCCUGUAUUAGGCGAAGACUCGGACGGGCGCCAGGGAGGCAGACAUAGCGUUGGACCUCAUUCCAUUUAGCUAAUGCAUUCCUCUGAGCCACCAAUACCGUUCAGCACUCAGAAAAAACAUACACCUUAUUAAAAAGAAACCAUAAACAAAAUGCUGCUUUUGUGUGGUACUUUACUGAUCAUUUUCCUAAAGUUUCACCUAAACUUGUACAGCUCACGUCAAAUGUACGGAAAAGGAUUAAGACCACAUGUGAGAACUCAUUUUAUUCUUACUUUAAACUUAGAAUUCUGAGAUUAAAGUCAGAAUUUCCCAAAAAAUACACUUGUGGUCCUAUUCCUCUUCCGUACAAAUUGCUCAUUUACAGGUCCAUAUUAAUUUCUGCUAAAAUAGACACUGUUCUAAUAGGGUUGACUUGGUUAGUGUAAGAUAAACAACACCUUUAAUUUAUAGGGAAGAUGUUUUGACACCAGGUGUUGGCAUGAUUAUGCUGCUAUCCAUUUGGAUGUACGAAGUGGAAAAGUCGCCAAUCUCCCAGCUUUCUUGCGGCAUUUCACUGAGGCACGCCCCCUUUCGGUCGUAGUAUCUCGUCGCUUUCAAAGUAGAGCGAGCAGAUCUGUACAACUAGCAAACAAGAUGGCUGCGCCAUAG